CGCAACGCCAUAAUUCAAAUUUCGCAUAGAAAUUUCUGGACUCUCUUCGUAAGGCAAAAUAAAUGACGCCAUUUCGUAUCAUGUAUUUUACGAAUGUGUGGUUCAGUAACGUGUGUCCAGCGGAUUACAAAAUAAGAUGGCCAGAUUUUGAUUUAGUCUUUGCGUAAGGUUCGAUUUGAAUUAUUUAUUCCACGUGCAUUCGUAAACCAAUGUUGUGUAAAAUAAUUAAACUUCGAGAGAAUUUGGCUCGGUAUCGUUUAAUGUUUAUCGUUAGAAAAUGUAUAAGUGAGGAACAUCGGUAUGCAACGAACAUAGUCGAUCACAUACGUCUCAUCAAACGAUUUCGUGUUUUUUUUCAAUCUAUACGUGACAGAGGGAAAUCGACAUUUUGAUUGAUAUAUACAUAUAUAUAUAUAUAUAUAUAUAUUUAUAUAUGUAUAUAUAUAUAUAUAAAAAUAAACAAAUAAACAAAUAAAUAAAUAAAUAAAAAUUAAAUAAUCUAACGUUUAUAAUCAUGGUUGAAAGUUCCAAUCAUUGUGUCCUGAAAUGGGCAGAUCAUGCAGGAUAUGUUGCGGAAAGAUUCAAUGGCUUAUUGGCACGUCAGGCGUUAGUAGAUGUUACCCUUAUCUGCGAGGAGCAAAAGCUUCGUGUUCAUAAACUGGUCUUAGCAUCCAAUAGUACGUACUUUGAGGAAAUACUGCAACAAGACUUGGGACAAGACCCUAUAAUCUUACUUAGAGAUUUAAAUUUUGAAGUAUUGAAGGCAAUGGUGGAAUUCAUGUAUUGCGGAGAAACAACUAUAUCUCAUGAAAAUUUACCAUCUUUAUUAACUGCUUCAAGAAUUUUCAAGAUAAAAGAAUUGGCAUAUAUAAUAGACACAGUAAUGGAAACACAAAAUUAUAAUAAUGCUAUUGAAAGUGUAGCUCAAUUAUAUAAAACCGAUAAUGAAUUGAAUCAUAAAAAUAAUAAUUAUAAAAUAAAUGGGAGAAAUGAUUUAAUCGAUACAAAACACAAUAUUGAUAAUACCUUUAAGCAUAUAUUAUACGAGGAUUCGUAUGAUACAGAAAGUAAUAACUUACAACAAACAUUUAAAGAUUAUUUAUUAAUGGAAGAUAUUAAAGAAAAAAUUCACGAUGAAUCGUUUAAACCAUUGUUAUGUGACAAAGCAAAGGAAAAUUUAGAGGGUCGUAUAAAAAUGAAUAAUAUAAAAAAGAAUGAUGAAAUUUUAGAGAAAGUUAAAGAAGUACAACCUUUAUUAUACGAACAGUGCUGUGAUGUUAUAGAUUUAAAUAUACCCGAGAAAUAUUCUACAAUUUCGUCCAAAACACAUGCGAAUGAUGAAAUGAAAAUAGAUGUAGCACAAAAUUUUAUCGAUAGCACAAACGAUAAAGUUGGAAAAUGUAUCAAAGUUUAUACCCAUAAAAAACGUAAGCCAGUGAUCAAUAUAAAAAACGAAUUGACACAAUUGAACGAUUUAGUAUCAAAAUUAUCUCCUACCAAUUCAAUUGAUUUAUCGGAUACACCAUCUAAUAACAAUAUACCGGUAACACUUUUAACGCCCUUAGAUAUGGAAUGUGCCGAAUAUCUUUUUAGUUUAGAUAAUGAAAAUAUGCAAUUGGUAGCGGAAGGUUUGAUGAAUGAGCAACGAUCGUUAAUGAAAUGUAAGGAUAUUAAUGGACGGGUCUUAAAUGUAAAUAAGAAUAAUCUAGAUAAAAAGGAUGAUUUUGAUUUUAAAGCCAUAAAUGAUAAAGUACAACGAGAUAUCGAAAAGCCAGUUCUUAGAAGAAGUGUAAGAUUAAAUCAACAGGAUUGCGAAGAUAUAACUAAUAAUGGUGUAUCUAUACAACAACAAACCGUAAUAGACGAUAAACUUCUUGAGAAAACUAAUUUUCCUAACAAAAUGGAAUCCUUUGGAAAAGGAAAACGUAGGAUCAAAGAAAAUAAAAGUAAAGUAACGGAUCAUAAUGUUAUUAAUAUUGGACGUUGCAAUAAAAAGUGUUUCAAUAAUAAUUUGCGUACACAAAGAAAUCAUUCUAAAACAGUAGUGAAAAAGAAUAUCAAUAAUAAAUCUGAUCAAAAGUCUAAAGGUAAUAAUCGAUUGAAAUGUGAAAUGACAACGGAUGAAAUAAAUAGAUUGAAAAUAUCAAUGGGAAGAACGUCACCUAUUAAACGAAACGCCGUAGGAUAUAUUAGUCGUGCUUUAUGGGGUGAUAUGUCCGAUAUUAUCGAACGUAAUAACGAUAUUAUGGAUUUAUCGGAUUAUAGUCCAGAUGGUGAAAUCCCAUUUGCAGUUGGUUUGUUACCUUUACGUACUGCAUUGGAAAAGAUGCAGGCAAUGACGGAUUAUCAACCACGUAAAACACGUUCGUCCGUUGCACCGAACAAACAAGAAAUAAAUCAUUUCAAACGAAAAACUUCUACUUUGGAUUCUAAUGUCUUAGCUAAAAAGCAAAAUGUAGGAAGUAUUGUUCAAGAUAAUAAUAAAACCAAUACAGUUUGCCAUAUUCAAAUAAGAGCAGCACCUUCUUCACAUUAUAUUAAAAAUCGUAAGAAAUUUCUUAACGAACAUGUUACUACUUUGGGAUCACCGACUAUUGUUAAUAGACAAUGACAAACAUUAAUCUCGAUUUUUAGUCAAAUGUAAAACAACGAAAUGACAAAAGAAAAGAAGAGAAAAGAAAAAGAAAGAGAAACUCGGAAACGUAACACAUUUUCUUUUCUUUUUUUUUUUUUUUUUUU